AUGUCUAUGGAAAAGAUGGCAAAAGAAGAGGAGAGAUUCCAAAGGGCCAUGGGACUUCAGAAGAUGAUCAAAAGGUGGCAAAAUUCACAUACUCACUGUCUGUGGCAGAUGACAUUGAACCAGAGGAGAAAACUGUAUGCUACCCUACGGAUGCAGAAUGAUAUGGUACAGGAAUUGGCACUGGCCAACAAACAACUACUAAUGGCCCGUCAAGCUGCUCUGCACCAGCUCUUUGAAAAGGAGUAUCAGCAGUACCAGCAGGAACUAAAUCAAAUGGGCAAAGCAUUUUAUGUGGAGAGACUCUGA